GUCGCAGUAAGUAUAUGUCACAAAAUCAAGUCUGAGUGAAUUUAGUGUGCUCAUAAAAUAAGGACAGAAGGUGCUUAAAAAUGUUUGGAAAUUGGAAAAAGUGGUGUCGAUUGUGUGCUAACAUAAAUCUAGCAAAUGAAGACGAAAUAUUCAAAACAGAAUCCAUAAGUGAACAACUGGAAAUAGUAAAUAAAUAUUUCAUGAUUUCGCUAACGCAUUAUGAAGGAAUUGAAUCGACAGUAUGUAAAGUCUGUUCUGACUUCCUAACCAAGUUAGAGAACUUCGGAGAGUGUUGCUUGAAAUCAGACAGAAUGUUCAAAGAGCUAAUGCUACAAAAUAGCGUAACAGACUCAGAUCUUCAAUAUAUUCGCCUUAAACACGGAAUUGACAGUGAAGAAAUCAAAUAUAGUGCAUUUUUGCCAGAAACUGACUAUAUUAAAACACCCAAAGAAGGUUCUGUGAAUUCUGAUCACUUUCAAGACCCCCUUGAUGUAGACAUAGAAACCUCAGUUGAAGCCAAUGAACUGUCUGAAGAUAAAUCGGAAAAGUCAACACCAGCUCCUAAGAUUUCAAAAAAGCGUGGAAGACCUAGGAAGUCCAUGCAAUGGCAAAACACAAGUCAAUCGGAAAUUAAACAAGAAGAUGAUGAAAAUAUGUGUGAUGAUCGUACUCUUGCACUCCAAGAUACCAAUAUCGUCAUAAGAGAUAAGGCUGAGCGAUGGAGAUGUCCUAGGAGUGCCAGAGAGAAGCUUAGGGAAUGUGAGUAUUGUUCGAAAAAGUUUAAACGCAAAUAUCUUCUUACGCAACAUUUUCGCGAGAAGCAUUCCAAAGAAGGGUUGCCAUUUGUCUGCUCAAAAUGCCCCAAAAGAUUUAUUUCGCUAAAGAGAAUGCAACAACAUGAAGUUAUACAUUUACCCAAUAACGAAAGAUUCACAUUUCCCUGUCCCUACUGUGACAAAAAGUUUAUCAGAUCAGUUGGAGUCCAAGUUCAUAUUCGUGGUAUUCACACUAAAGACAGACCUUUCAUUUGCGAAGAAUGUGGAAAAUGUUUCGUAUCAAAGGGAGCAUUGAAGGACCAUCAGAGAAGUCAUUUACAGGAACGAUCCUUCCAAUGUUCUCAAUGCCCUAAGAAAUUUAAAAACCAAUAUCGCUUGAAGAUGCACGAGGAAGUACACAGUAGCAUAACUUACGAUUGUCCCCAUUGCGGUGUUAAGCGCAAAACUAAGAGGAACUUGAAGUUGCAUAUGCUUGUUCACUCGGACGUCAAGAAAUAUAAAUGCAAUUAUUGUGGAAAUGAAUACAAGAGGGCUAAGGCCCUCAAGGAGCAUAUCUUUUUGCACACCGGACAGAGACCUUAUAAAUGCCCAUUUUGCGAUAAAACUUUUGCGAGUGGAUCCAACUGUGCUGGUCAUAAGAGAAGAACACAUCCAACUGAAUUGGAAGCCAUGAUGAAAUCAGGAGUUGAACCAAAAAAUGCAGUUCUGCCAAGUCUAGAAUAUCUACAAUCUAAAUUGAUUUCUCUUGCUAAAUCGGAGGCGUUUUCUGAUUCAACCACUCGAUAAUGAAAAACAGUGAAAAAUUAAAAAAAAAAAAACAGAAACAAACAAAAGAUGAACAAAAUAAAAAAAAGUUUAUGAAAAUAA